AUGAUGGCUACCGCUCUGGGCGGAAAUGUCGACAAAGACCUUGUGUUUAGCUGUCCUAUCUGUUUGGAGUCAGUCAGGACACCCAGAUGUUUACCGUGUCUACAUACAUUUUGCGAGUCCUGCAUCCAGACAUAUAUUUCUAGCACGGCCAUUCGUAAAGAAGAAGAGUAUCAGAGUAUUGAGUGCCCGGUAUGUCGCAAAGAAAGCCGCCCGCCAGCAAAGUAUAUGUCGUCUGAUGAAUGGGCCAUAAGUUUACCCAUCAACUACCUGGUGAAUUCUGUUUCAGUGAAGUCAAGUGAAUCAGAAAAACUUUGUGUUACAUGCAAGAGACAAGGCAAGGAUGUAGCUGCUAUUCACUGGUGUAAGAAUUGUAUGGAGAAAAUUUGCGACGACUGUAAGACAUUACACAGUUAUGUAUCUAUCCUGCAGAAUCACAAAAUAGUCAAUCUUUCUGAGGCGAACGGUUGUCUGGAAAAUUUUGAUGUGGAUGAACCCUGCAGCAUACACAAAAAUAAAACCAUUGAAGUAUACUGCGGGGAUCACGAUAAAUUAUGCUGCAGCGUCUGCUUCGCAACCCAGCACAGGAGAUGUGAACGCGUCGAAGCAUUAGAGGAUGUUUCUAGCAGAUUUGAUCGGACUGAUAUACAGCCCAGAUUAGAAAUUUUUUCUAAAUCCCUGGAGAUGCUUGAGAAUUUGCAAGAAAAUAACAGGGAGCAAGUCGACAAACUGAAGGCUCGGAAAGAAGUGAUAUGUAGAGAUGUUGCAGAUAAAAUUGAGAAAGCAAAGAGAGCUCUGGAUGAAGGUUUUUCUCAGUGGCAAAAACAGUUUGAAGAAAAACAUGGAGAUUGUCUUCAAACUCUCGACAUUGCAUGCGACGAGAUGAGAAGGUUUUCCACCACGCUGAAAGAAGCAAGGUUUACAUUUUCCCUUCUGCAGGAGAAGGGGUCACUUAAGCAAUUGUUUGUGAUGACACAUAGAUUGGAAUCACAGAUUGCAGAACACUUUCAAAGACUGAAAUUGAAGAUGGACGUAGAAACAUUUUCUGACUACCAACACUCAAUGGGAAGUGAAUUCACUGACUUUGUCUCAAAUAACAGAAAGGUCCCAGAUGUUAAAUGCAUUCAGUCAAAACCAUUGUGUGGAACCGUGGCACAGCUGAGCAUCGUCGUGUCAACGCAUACUAGUAGUUCCAUUGCACCCAAACUGUGGCUGGCGAACAUGGAUCUAAUGAAUUUUAUUCCCCAAAAGGUAUCUGAAUAUGACAUAUACAGCAAUCAUGGUCUGUAUAGAUACAAUGACACUGUACUGUUGUCAGUGGGUCAAACAAUCCAAAUAUAUGACGUCAGAGGCAAUACUUGGAUACAUCUAUACACAGAGAAAUGUAAUCAUAACCCUCAUGCAAUAGCUCAAACCGAAGUCCUACACGAGGUUUAUGUUGCCUUUGGUACCUAUAUUGCGGUUCACAACAUCAACGAAGGAAAUCAAAUGUCUCUGUUGAGAAAAAUCCCGAUGAGUCCUGGGGUCAUGAUCCAAAGCUUCACGUUAAUGGACGAUACUAUCAUUUGUGCAGAUAAUAGUGGAAUUACGAUACUAAAUCUGGAUUUUUCCGUGAAGGAAAAACGAAACAUCACGAUAGAUGGAGGUAUUGCUUACGUGGCUGCAUCAAACAAAACGAAGAAAAUUGCGUUUGUGAAGAAGACUGGUAUUGAGGAACAAACAGUCACCUCUCAAAACCUGAGUGGAGACACGCACUUUGAAUACAAAAUGAAACGCCAAUAUUUACGCGGAAUUGCAUUUGAUUCGCAGGAUAAUAUCUAUGUAUGUGACUUUCAUGAAAAGAAUGAACUUGUCCAGAUAAGUUCCGAUGGAAAAAAAUCGAGAACUAUUAGUUCAGCAAUAUCUAACCCCUACAGUAUAUUAUUCCAUCCUGAGGGCCACAGGUUCCUGGUUUUAUCAAACAAUGAGCGGAUAUGUCGCAUAUAUGAAAUACCACAGUCUCCGAACUAAUACGCCGUGUGCAGAUUUUUGAUUUGAUUUAUAAAUAAUAAAUAUCGUUUCAAUUCUCUCUCUCUCUCUCUCUCUCUCUCUCUCUCUCUCUCGUCACAUUUUCAAAUUCCACAAAACUAAUUCUUGAUGAUAUUGUAUAUCAAUAUUUGACAACUAAACUUUACAAAAAAGUUUUUUAUAAUAGGCAUCCUUGAGAAAAACAAGGGUAUACAAAAAUAUUCUCAUACUUUGGUUAAAGUAUUAUAUUUAUACAGCAAGGUGUACAGAGAAAAAAUUGAGUGUUUCUUUUUUUACAAUAUAAUUUUUUAAGUUCUUCUAUGAAACACAAAAAAAAAUAUUUCUUACAAAAAUGAUGAUACUGAAAAAUUUGAUGCCAUUUGAAACAGAUGUGACAAAAUCUUUUCAUAGCUCUCUUUCUCUCUCUCUCUCUCUCUGAAAUAAACACUUCUGUAAUUCUAUAUCAUAUUAUAAAGGUAUACUAUGAAAUAUGUACAAGAUGCUUGUUGAAUAAUUGUAAUAAAAAAAUCAUUUGUCAAUUGUUAUAAUUUGAUAAUUAAUCAUACCUAUAACGCUAAAGAUAAUCAUGUUAAUAAUUUAAAAUCUUCACUAUCUCUCUAUGCAUCGUGUCAGACUGAUUUCGUUAAUAAUUUCAACAAAUUUUACUGAUUUCACCACCUGUCUUAUUUAGGCUAUCGACUUUGUACUGCUUUUGAAUUUAAGUGAUGUUUACAGGCCUGGUUAGAUUUUUUUUUGUAUAUGAGCAUCCCCCUUGUUUCAUGAAAAGUUGCCCAAGUUAACGCAGAAAACGUGAGCUCGUUGGACAGACUAAAUUAAGUAUAUUUUAUUUGAAGUCGGAACUGUAUACAAUUAACAUGUCAACACAAGCGCUGUAGAGCUUUUUAACCGACUAUCACAUAUACCAAAGACACAUAGCAUGCAUGUACAGACCAUAUCACAGACUGACAUAAAACAUUUCAUGCGAAAAUAUACAGAUGUAAAACUUAUACGGUACCAAUUUUGAUGCACCAGAUGCGCAUUUCGACAAAUAAUGUCUCUUCAGUGAUGCUCAACCGAAAUGUUUGAAAUCCGAAAUAACUAUGAAGUUUUAGAUCUAAAUAUAGCCAAAAACAGCGUGCCAAACAAGUGAAGCCAAAUUCGUCCAAGGAUAAGAGCUAUGCAUGAGGGAGAUAAUCCCUAAUUUUGAAAUGAAUUUCUAAAUUUUAUCACAGCAAUUAAAUAUACAUCCGUAUUUUCAAGCUAGUAACGAAGUACUUAGCUACUGGGCUGUACGAAGGCAUAAGAUUUAGAGGAAGAAAUAAAACACUAUAAUCAAAAGGGGAUGCACAUAAAAAGCAGCGGUAAGAUUCAAACCAAUCUAAUUAAAAUCAGAUCCUAAGAUACGCCCACAAUUCUUACGCAGAGUAUACGGCGCGGAUCUAAGAAGUCUGAUGUUAAUUAGAUUAAAUUCAAAUAAACUUGCAACAUAAUAUUUGUUGUUGCAAAUAAUGCAAUUUAAAGUACAAACUAUCUUAAACAGGAAGCUGUGUAAAUAGUAUUAAUGAUUUAAUGAAUAUAAUUUAAAUAUGAUUAAAAAUCAAUAAUGGUAUUAAAUGAAUACAAAUAUUUAAAAUUCACCCAGAAUUCACUAAAAAUA